CAAUUUCUGUUGUUUGGAUGGGCGUCGGGGAAAACUUGCAGGAAUGCAAUGGGGCCUGCAGAGCAGUCCUACCCUACGACCUUGGAAGUAUCGUACGGUACAUGUAACUCUGUGCGUACGAGUAAAGUACGUACCGUACCGUACCAUACCGUACGAGUACGUACCGUAGGAGAGGCAACCAACACCAAGACAUCACCGGCCUCAGACACAAGAGACAACGCCCCGGCCAUGGUUUCGGGUGACGACAACGAUGCCGGCAGCGCUGUGCAGUGGAGAACACGCCAAAGGCCAGCGACGGUUGCCCUCCAUCGCACACGCACGGUGUCGGUGCUCUUGGCACUGCAGCUCUUGGUGCUAGGACGAGGAACCAGCGGAUGCCACGCGUUUGCGGUCUGUCGCCCUAGAUCGCUUCCGGCCGCGGAAGACCAACGGAGUGCCUGCUUCCUGGCAGCGUCGUCCCCCUCCUCCUCCUCCGUGGUCUCUUCGCUGGACGACAAGGAAAGCGACGGGGAGGAAAGCGUUCGCUACCGGUUCAUGUACAUGACGGAAGAAGAAGACCGCCUCCUCAAAGAAAAAGGAGAUCUCGAGGAAAGCCUGAUGCGGCGACCGACCCCGCUCAAGGCCAUGAAACUGACCGGACUGGCCAGGUCUGCGUCGGCCAGCGUCGGUGGCGGUGGCAUGGGCAUGGGCGGCGGGGGCUUUGGAGGAGGAUUUAGUGGAAGCAAGAAAGGCGGCAAGGCAAAGAAGAAGAAGAACAAGAACAAGAAGCAACCACCGAACGAACCACCGAACGAACCACCACCGGCGGAGACCGUCUCCCCUGCCGUCCGCGCUCUGGCGAGGGCCAUCCGGGAAGACGGGCUGGUCCGGAUCGACAACGUUCUGAGCGCCCAAAAGGCUGACGACCUCCGUGACUAUCUAAUCGACCUGCGGAAACGCGCCCGGGAGGACGUCGAGUCCGGGGCCAUCGCGGACAGCCAGGAACGCUUCGCCGACGUCCUCCUGAACCAGAACCGGUGCGACCUCAAGAUUCCGCUAGGCCCGAAACCCGUGCACGAGGCGCUCCUGGAUCUGCUCAACGACGAGAGCGACACGGCCAAAGCGAGCGAAAGCCACGGGUCGACCCCUACACCGUCGCUGGUCCGGAGCGUCAUCGAGGGCGUCUUUGACCACUACAACGGCAACAAGGUCUACAAGGGGUCCGAGGCGUCCCUGUGGGAGCUCAAUUGCUUCAUGAGCAACUCGGGUGCCCGCCGGCAGCUGGUCCACGCCGAUUGCGUGUGUCUGGAGGCCGUGCCGGGGCUGAAGCACACCGAUUCGAACGAGGAGGGAGAGGACGCCGGGGAACCGAUCCUGCUGACCUGCUUCGUGGCCCUCCAGGACAUCGACCCCUCGAUGGGGCCGACGGUCUUCAUGCCGGGGACCCACAACAUUCGGUCGCACAACGUGUUUUUCGAAACGGGACGGGACGGGGCCUCGUCCCCGUCGGCCGACGGUGCCUCCCCCAAGAACGGUCUCCUGUCGUCGAGGAAAUCGGUGUCCGGGGCACCCCUGCCCAGGGGGUCCUGCAUCCUCUUCGAUCCCCGCGUGCUGCACUGCGCGGGCGCCAACGACUGUCCCGAUCCCGAGAAGACCCGGGCCCUCUUCUACGUGACCUUCAAGAAUCCAAAGGUCGACAGCCCCGGCUGCCCCUCCACCAGCGGGUACGGGAUCUCGACCGCGGAGCUCACGAUGGGCGAGCUCGUCUCGGACCUGCUGGCCAUGGAACGGGGCGGCGACCGCGAGGCGAGGCGCGUGCCCCAGCUGGCGUCCUCUCCGUGAUCCAGCCGAACCCCCACCGCAAUCCCCCCCCCCAGCCGAAGCGAAAGCGACCAGGGGUCUUCGGCACGAAGGCAACGCGGUGCGGAGCUCGGCUCUCGGGAUCGCUGGCAAGAGACUCGGGAUCGCCCACGAGACACUGCGACACGACACGACACGACACGACGCAUGGCAAUCGAAUGCGAUGCGAUGCGAUGCGACACAGACACACACACACUAGAGGAACAAGACUAAACGUAUCCAGCUAAG